AUGAAUGGAUGGGUGCAGUUGAGAUUUAAUAUAAUUUUUAAAGGGACUUUAAUACUCGAAAUUCGAAAAAAGGGAGCUAAACAAAAAACUUCAUCUGUUCGAGCUGAGAUAAGAGUCUUUACCAUCAUUGGUAAAUUUUAUGAAAAUUCUGUCACAGAAAGUCUGCGUUGUACUGCCCGAAGGCAAUUGUUGAGUCUUGGAUUCUCAAGAGAAGAUACUUUAAAUGCCGUUUCAUUUCCUUCCCAAACCUACGACGAACGUGAUAUGAGAUUUAUCUGUUUAGCAUAUAAAUUGAAACAUUUUCCGACGCAUAAUGAGUUUGAAGGCGACAACUUUCAAAGUCGAUAG